UGUCAGCAAAAGGGGAGUGUAUGUGUGUGUGUGUGUGUGUGUGUGUGUGUGUGUGUGUGUGGGGGAGAAAGAGAGAGAGAGCAGGAGAGGAGCAGGGUGGAAACGGCCAGUGCCGUGCACAAACGAAGGAACUUCUAUGUGAGUGGCUGAGUGUGUGGGGCUGUGUGGGAAAGUAAACAGUUCAGGAUAUUUCCGUCCGUCCAAGCCUGGGUGACCCGUCCAUUGGCUGCCUGGCUGCAGAGAAGGUGCCCCUGAAGAGGAGGAUGAGGCAGAACAGGAGGACGCUGGUCAACCUCAUAGCGUGAAGUAGCCCCGGGAGGAGGGUUUGGGAUUAAAGCCUGUCCAGAGAGGCUCUGCGCGCUUGAGACCAGCUGGUUUGGGAAGCACUGCAGCACACAAGGAGGGGGAGCUCUGGGACAAACGCACCCUGUCCAGGGUCCCCCCUCUCCCCAGCGCAGGGGGCCAACCAUGCCCAGCUGUGGCCUCCCGGGCUCUCCAGGGAGACAGCAGGGAGCCGGGAGUGGCGUGGGUGGAGGCGUCCCACAGGACCCGACACUGGAUCCUGGUCCUGCCUCUCACGCCAAUGCUUGUUUUGAAAGAGCACAUGUCCACCUCAGCCUCACAGCAGCAGUCCAGGUCAGCAGAGGAGGACGAGGAGGAAGAACAAGGCGAGAAGUUUGAGUUUGAGGACAGCGAUGGCGAAGAGCAGGGGAGCUCUGUAAUAUCGUCUCCAGGGGGUGAAGCACCAGCUGGCACAAUGAAGGCGGACGUGGGUGCCACCAAGGACGGCACACCUGGUGCUGCAGCGGUGGAGGAAACUCACCUCCCACAUUCUGACAAAGAGACUGAGAAAUGCUCAGCAGUGAAGACGACCCAGGAAAUAUCUACCGCAGCCUCUGUGACUCAGGAGAGCACUAAUAUCCAGGGUGAAACCUGCACGCCUCCUCAUACAGAUGCGCCUGCCGCAGAGAGACAAACACGCGACUCGGCUCAGUCGGGCCCCAGUGCUGCAGGGCUCUCAGUAGGAGAGGAGCGCCACGCUGCUGCUGCUGCUGCUGCUGCUGAAGAGGCUGGAUCCUCACCGACGCUGCCCGGUGCGGGGGACCUCGGUCGGGACGACACCACACAGGCAAGGCCCGCGGAGCAGGAGGCAGCUCAAGGUGAGGCUGGAGAGGAGAGAGAGUCUCAGACUGACAGUCCUGAGGUCAUUUAUGAUGAUGUCCCCUGUGAAGAGGCCUUCUCUGGGGAGGAAGGUGAUAUGAUUUAUGAGGACGUCCAAAGGGAGGAGGGCCUGCAGGGACCAAACGGCUGGAGCUCCAGUGAGUUUGAGAGCUACGACGAGCAGUCAGACGCCGAGAGCAAGGCACCCGCCCGUAGCAAGCUUUCCCCUGACGUGCGUCGGCUGCGGGAGCGCUGUGCCAGGACGAGGCGGGAGCUCGCCUCCAGGCUGGGGGGGAAGCACUAUGACAUGAAGGUGCAGCAGCUGAUGAGGGCUGCUCGGAGUGGGACCAAGGAUGGGCUGGAGAAGACCAAAAUAGCCGUCAUGAGGAGGGUCUCCUUCCUGCACCACCGGAAAGACCACUUGGAGGAUGCCGAAGAUGAUGCAGGGUACUUGGAUGUGACCGUGUCAGAGGCAAAGCAUCCUCCUCCACAACUGGGUCCUAUGCCAGAUGGACUAAACAGCCACCAGAUCGUUCGCCGCCACAUCCUUGGCUCAAUCGUCCAGAGCGAGAGAAGCUACCUGGAGUCCCUGAAGAGAAUCCUUCAGGAGUACCAGCGGCCCCUACUGGAGGCCGAGCCCCGCAUCCUGAGCCCGCGCAAGAUCCGGCCCAUCUUCUACCGCGUGCGCGAGAUCACCCAGUGCCACUCCAUGUUCCAGAUCGCCCUGGCCUCCCGCGUGGCAGAUUGGGACGCCUGCGAGAAGAUUGGUGACCUCUUCGUUGCUUCAUUCUCCAAGUCCAUGGUGGUGGACGUGUACAGUGACUAUGUGAACAACUUCACCAAUGCCAUGGCUCUCAUCAAGAAGGCCUGCAUGUCCAAACCGGCCUUUCUAGAGUUCCUGAAGAGAAAACAGGCCUCCAGCACUGACCGCAUCACCCUGUACGGCCUGAUGGUGAAGCCCAUUCAGCGCUUCCCCCAGUUCAUCCUCCUGCUCCAGGACAUGCUGAAGAAUACCCCGAAGGGUCAUGUGGACCGGCUACCGCUGCAGCUGGCCCUGACGGAGCUGGAGACUCUGGCGGAGAAACUGAACGAGCAGAAGCGCGUGGCAGACCAGAUCACUGAAACUCAGCAGCUAGCACGCAGCAUCAGCGACCGCUCCCUCAGCAAGGUGCUGAAUGCAGAGCAGAGCUCACUGAUCCUGUGCGAGGCGCUGGUGGAGACCGUGUAUGGGGAGAGAGGGCAGGUCAUCAAGUCCAAAGAGCGCAAGGUCUUCCUCUUCAGCGACAAGCUCAUCUGUGCCAACCUCAACGUCAAGGGUCCCCCUGACAUCAGCAGCCUGGUGCCUGUGGGGCCCAAGUACACCAUGAAAUGGAGCGCCCCCCUGCUGCAGGUGGAGGUGGGCCAGGAGUGCUCCCAGGACACCCUCUUCCAGCCCAGCGGAGCCAAGCGCACGGGAGGUGCCAGCACCACAGGGAAAGUAGUGCUGGGACCUCCAAAGCUGUUUCAGGAGCUGCAGGAGCUGCAACACGAUCUGGCCGUGGUGGAGCAGGUCACACUACUGGUGGGAACGCUGCAGGGGACUUAUCAGAACCUGAACACGACCGUGGCUCAGGACUGGUGCUUGGCUCUUCAGAGGCUCAUCCGCAUCAAAGAGGACCAGAUCCAGAGUGCCAACAAGUGCCGCCUCCGCCUGCAGGUGCCCGGCCGACCUGACAAGUCAGGUCGACCUGUCAGCUUCAUGGUGGUGCUCAACACUCCCAGCCCCCUCAGCAAGAUCUCCUGGGUGAACCGGCUGCAUUUGGCUAAGAUAGCACAGAGGGAGGAAAACACUCCUGGUUGGCACUGCGAAGAAGAUGACGAACGAAGCCGGGCUCCCUUCUGGUGCCCGCUCCUGGCCUGCCGCGUGCCCGUCUUUCCCGUCAAAGCUCCCGAGCGCAAGCUCGGGGCUGCUCUGCACAACCCAGUGCAAUGCGCCCUGCUGGGCUUCUCUGCGGCCAGCACCUCCCUUCCCCAGGGCUACCUAUGGGUGGCCAGCGGUAGCAGCUCCAGCCAGGGCCAGAUGGAGAUCUUCUCCCUGAACCGGCCCACACCACGCGCCGUGAAGACCUUCCAGGUGGGCGCGCCGGUCCUCUGCCUGGAGUACGUUCCAGAGCCCGUCCCACCAGAGGAGGUGGAUGCCGAGGACCAGAGGAGUCCGGUGGGCAUGGGCAACACGAUCUGCGCUGGCCUGGACGAUGGCAGCAUCCUGGUGUAUGGCAGCGUGGACACCGCUGCUCAGUGUCUCCUGACCUUCCGCACCCCUGUGGGCUGCCCUGUCCUCUGUCUCAAGCACUCGGCCAACUGCCUGUUCGCUGGGCUAAGGGACGGCACUGUGCUAGUGUACCAGCGCCACAAUGGAGGUGAAUUAUGGGAUCCUGCGUCUUGCAGGAAAGUGAGCGUCGGACCAGACCCUGUAAGAACUCUGCUGGCCCUGGAGGACUGCGUAUGGGCCAGCUGUGGCAACUCUGUAUCCGUGAUCGACUGUUCUAGCCUCGCUACUAAGAGGGUGGAGGUCCAUCAGGACCCGAUGGUCAGCGUGGCGCACAUGGUGCGAGCCGGCGGUGGCGUGUGGAUGGCCUUCUCCGAGGGCUCCUCCAUCCGCCUGUUCCACACAGAGACCCUGGAGCACCUGCAGGAGAUCAACAUCUCCACGCGCUCUGGGUUCCACCACCCAAGUCAGAGGAGUAUGCGCGUCACAAGUCUACUGGUGUGCCAGGGACUGCUGUGGGUUGGCACUGCCUCUGGCAUCAUCGUUACCCUACCAGUGCCCAAGUUGGAGGGCAUUCCGAAAAUUACAGGUAAGGGAAUGACGUCCCUCAAUGCCCACUGUGGGCCAGUAGACUUCCUGGUGGCCACCUCCAGUACUCUGUCCCCGGACCUGCUCAAGAGGGACUCGAUGUGCGACGGGCCUGACUCAGCCUUCGGUGGCGAGGACCGCAGCGACUCCUCCUCCCAGGAGUCCCUACAGCAGCUGGCCGGUCAGCCACCGGUGACGGCAUCAUCGCACAACAAUGCCACCGACCUGAGCAAGGCCAAGGGCCGCGGCAUGCUUCUGCAGUAUCGCGUCCGCUCCACGUCCGGCCUGCCGGGCCGCCCACUGACGGCGCGCGUUGGUGACGAGGCGUCCGACUCAUCACUGGAGUCGCUGGAGCACAGCUUGGAGGACGGCUCCAUCUACGAGCUCAGCGACGACCCGGACAUGUGGGUGCGGGGCCGGACAUGCGAGCGUGACGGUGCGCGUAGGGACAGGGUCAGCUCCGUGGCCGUGGUCUCCGGAGGCAGGGGCCUGAGGCGGCUCCGGGAGGGGGAGAUGGUUCCGGCGCGCGGGGAGGAGUCGUCCGACAGCAGCCUGAUGAUCUGGCAGCUGCCUCUAACUGUCUGAGCGAGUGGCGCCGGCGUUCUCACUUCGCACACACAGCUUAACGAAUGCCGGCCGUACAAGCCUGCUGCUGGUCUCGGCAUGGGCUUGGACACACCAAGACUUGACGCCUUGUCAAAACUGUGAAAGGAACAGGGAUGCGAGGUGACAAAAUGUGUUGUGACUCCUUAUCAGACUCAAGGCUUUUCCCUCUGUGUUCUGCUUUGUGCCUGGCUCAUGGUUGAAACCUGCUGCUGUUCUUUGAGGGGCUCAGACAACCUUGUCUGGAAAUUGCUACCUGCCUCACUCUUCCGGAUUGAUGAAUGGCAUGUGUUUGAAUCUGUACCCACGUUAUGUUUCCCAUCCUGUGUAGAUACACUUUCAGGAAGCCCAUGUUCACAAGAGCAUGGCAACUGACACCCUUCCUCACUCAUGUUUCCCAGAGCUCCUUACAGUCUCGUCCACAAGAAGCACAGCUGAAACACAGCCCUCUCCAUCGGGCUCAGCCAAAUAAUGCCACUUAUUCCUCUAAAAAUCCUUUUGUUCGGACUUCAUCUCACUAUAGUGUCACAGAAGGAUAUUUUGCUGUGUCCAUUUUUAGGGAAGUGGGUGUGAUGGGAGGAUUGAGAGAUGUUAUUUCUCUUUGAAGUUACUGAGUAAUUGCUCACUUCACAAUACCUUGAAUGUGAACACAAUUAUUAUUUUCUCACAGUGGGUGAAGUUAUUGCAAGAAGAAAAACAUGUUUCACCAAAACGCUGUGUGCUUGUUUUGAUAAUUUUGUUCCCUCGUUGUAUUUACAGGAACUAGAAGCAGGCAGCACAAUAGACCAAGCUCAGUAAAGCUUGAAAGUUUACCUAUUCACAAGGAAACUUUGCAUUUUGAAUUUGUGCAUAGCCUAUCAUCCCAAGCUGGUCUUUUAUGUUGGCCCUCAGUAGCCUACUGUUAUCUCCUGUGGGAAGGAAAGAAUUAAAACGUCCAAAGUUGAUUAAAAGAAGAACCCGGCUUAGCGAAACAUGCUCUCAAUCAGUAUUUUUCUUCCUGCAAUGACCACUCCUAGGCUCCAUAGGUCACAGUACUGUUUAUGUACUGUACUCAGUGUCAAAGUCUCUAUUGAUCACAAAAAAAAAACAGGCAAAAGCAACUUCUACCCAAAGAACCUUUAAAAAUGGUCACUUUUAAUAUACUGAGCCUUUAUGUUCUCGCUAGCCCAUCUCUCUGUGUACCUGGCAAUGCUGUGUUUGAAUGCGAAACUUGCAUUGCUGGGUGUUCAAACUGCUAUGGCCAUUGUUUUGAUUUAGGGGGACAAAACACCCAGUUGAAUUAACCACAGACACAACCUCAUGCGCAUGCCAUUAGUGCCUGUGUUGUGAAGAGAGAAGAACGUCAUUAGAGCAGAAGGAAGCCCAGAUGAGACGGCAGUUUUGAUCAUCACUUCCAGUCUGACAAGGACUCAUUUAACACCAGAGUAGGACUUCUUUGGGUUAACAUAGCUCACGUUUCACUUCCCAUCUCUUUGUCUCACUCAGUCUCUCUCUCUCUCUCUCUCUCUCUCUCUCUCUCUCUCUCUCUCUUUCACUCACUCGCUCUGUCACUCUCUCCCGAUCAGUCUUGUUUCUCCCUCUCUCUGGAGUCUGUUUAGAGAUGGGACCCAUGGGUGCUGCCAUCAGGGAUUUUUUUCAAGUUUUUAUGAUAUGAAUGAAGCCGUAUUUGUAGUACAUUCAUAAUGCAGCAAGGCCAACCUCAUUUGAC